AAAAACUUUAUCUUGAAAUGUAAUUUCCAAAACGAAGAGACAAUUAGGCUCCACCAACAGUUCGGACACCGCUCAUCCACUUCUCAGAUAGCUGCCGCUCGAAGUCGAAGAGUACUUAUUUGACAAACAAGACAAGAAGAAAUGAGUCAACUCCUGAAUCUAUUCCAAGGAACUCUCUUCAGUAAUAAUUCAAGUUUCUAUAGUUGUCCUUCCAGUUCACUUAUGUUUCUUCAACAUAAACCAUGUUUAUAUAAUGGAAAAUAUGCACCUUUUCGGAGAUAUCGAAGAAAUCAUUUUUCGUUGCAAGCGCGUUGUUGGGAGAUGCUAGAUCAUGCUGAAACAUUUGCACUUCCAUAUAAGGAAAAAGCUUGUGAUGACGCAGAAUUGGAUGCCUUUCCAGAUGUACAAACUCUUAGAAAUUUUCCUAAGGAAGAGCUUCUUGGAAAAAUUGUAUUGGUCAGAUUUGAUUCUAGAAUCCUACUUCGUGAAGAGCUGGACCAGCAGUCUCCAUCUGUCAGCAGUGCACUUUGCACUAUUAAAUACUUAUACGAUGCUGGGGCUAAAGUAAUUUUAGUUAGUAAUUGGAGUGUGAAAAACAAUACAAAGCUUCUUGCAGCAGAAUCUGUUGCAGAGUUUCUGUCUGCGGUUCUCCAACUUAAAGUUGCACCAGCAAAACUUGUCUCUGGCAGCAUGCAGUCCAAAAUGGAAGACAAAGAGAAAACUGAUAUUCUUCUUCUCGAAAAUCUCUCUGAGUUCAGAGAGGAACUUGCCAAUUGUUCAAAGUUUGCUGAACUAUUAUCAACAGGAAUCGAUAUCUUUGCUAAUGAUGCAUUUUCCCAAUCUCAUAGAAUUCAUGCCUCAACUGUUGCUAUUACUCGCUUCUGCUAUGCAUGUGUUGCUGGUUUUCAUUUUGAAGAGGGCCUGUGUCAAGUAAAGAAGGCCAUCAAAACCAACAAAAAACAAUUUAUUGCCAUUAUUGGAGGGGGUAAACUGUUAGAAAAAGCAGCUGCCUUACAUUGUUUAGCUGCUAGAUGUGAUGGUUUGGUGUUUGUUGGAAUGAUGGCAUUUCAAAUAAUGCAUGCCCAAGGAUUGCCUGUUCCUAAGAAGUUGGUAGAACGCGGAGCAAUUAAAGAAGCUUUAAAUUUAACUCAGUUUGCAAAGUUUAAAAGUAUGCCAAUUUUAUUUCCAAAAGAUUUUUGGUGCAUCAAUGAUCAUCUCCCAAAACGAAUUGAACUAUUUCCUGCUCAUAAUAUUUUGGAUGGGUGGGUACCUGUUGAUAUUGGGCCAAAGUCUUUGGACGAAAUUUCUUCCUUGCUUUCAGAAUGCAAGAAAAUUUUAUGGAUUGGUCCAGUGAAAUUUGGUUUGUCAAGUCAGGACACCAGUGGAGCAUCUAAAUUGGCGACAAUGCUUGAUAAACUAAAUCAAAGAAAUUGUGAUAUUACUGUUGUUGGGAAUAUGGCUUGUGAAGCUCUUACAAGUGUGUCUACUUCUUUCUCAAGUCAUAAUAUGGUUGACAAUGCUUCAGUCUUGUGGGACAUUCUCAAAGGAAGAAAGCUUCCAGGGCUCAUGGCCUUAGAUAGAGCAUAUCCGUUUGUGAUUGAUUGGAAUGCUACUUAUACUGAUCCAGCUCAUCCUUUGGUCGUGGACAUUGGAAGUGGGAAUGGAUUAUUUCUGUUCAGAAUGGCUAGGAGGAGGAAGGAUCUGAAUUUUCUCGGCUUAGAGAUAAAUGAAAAGCUUGUAAGUCGUUGUCUAGCCUAUGUUCAUCAAUCUGGCAUGAAGAAUGGAUAUUUCAUUGCAGCAAACGCAACAUCAACUUUUCGAUCGAUAGUUUCCAGUUACCCAGGGAAGCUGGUUCUUGUAUCAAUACAGUGCCCAAAUCCUGAUUUCAACAAACCAGAACAUAGGUGGAGCAUGCUGCAAAGGUUAUUAAUUGAAGCAAUAGCAGAUCUUCUUGCAUCUGAUGGGAAGGUCUUUCUUCAGUCUGACAUAGAAGCAGUAGCAGUGAGAAUGAAAGAGCAAUUUGUACAAUACGGAAAAGGAAAGCUCGCUGUUAUGCAGGAUCAUGGCGAUGCCGACAUUGGUCAAGGCGGAUGGCUGAAAGAGAACCCCUUUGGAGUGUGGUCAGACUGGGAACAGCAUGUUAUAGAUCGUGGGGCUCUGAUGUACAGAUUAUUGCUUUAUAAAUCAACCAGCAAUGAGUGAAGUCACUGGUGUGGUUGAUUCAUAAAAAUUGGCUUCUCUAUUUCCAGCCGAAGGGGAUAUCCUCAUGCUUAUUAUUUCAGAAGCUAUUUGUUCCACUGGGGAAGAGGUCUGCACUCUCUACGAGUUACUUGAAGGGAUUAUGGAAGGACAUUUAUUUAUAAACAUCGGCAACCAUCAGGAUUAUUUUUUCCUGGGGUAGAGGUGGGACAACUUAUCCUGAGAUAAGACUUUCAUUGCAAAAUUCUAAAAAUUUCUUCCUUGGUCAAGUGACAUGAGAUGAGCAAGAAUCCUACUUGUUCUUCUCUCCCGCCAUGCCUAUGAAUCUUCUAAAUUCAGAGCUAUCAUGACAUGGUUCGUGAGAAGGUCCAAGGCACAUCCACCCCUUCUUCUUCAGAGUCCUGCAAGCAGAUUAGUAGAAGGAGUUCUGUGGGAUAUGGCUAAUACUGUUGAGGUUUUAUAUCUUGAUUCACAUUAUUAUCACCUCACUGCUUGGUAGAAGUCGUAAUUUCUUGCAAAGUGAAACUAAAUGCAGCAUUCUCAAAUUUUCUGCAGGAAUUGUGAAUUGGAAGGGCCUAUGGAUGACAAUCCUUCUAAUGGAGAUCCAAUGGAUGACAGUCCGUGUGAACCUCCUAUGCUGGAAAAUUCUUCAAAGGAUCUUAAUGCGCUUAGAGUCAUGUAUUGGGUGUCUACUGUUGAACAAUUGAUAGUUAAUUUUCCUGUUUAUAUACUGUUUGGGCUUUUGUUGUCAACAAAUCCUAGAAUUAUGAACCUUAGGUAUAAGUUCCACAUUUUAUGCUGUAUUACAGGUGACCUAAUUCCACAUUUUGCAAUCCAUAUUGCAGCUCAAUUCUUUAGGUCCGUUGGAUUUGGAUA